CGUUGUGUUCGUAACAUAUUUAUGUUUUGGCAACAGACGAAUCUAUUGAAAUAAAAAUGUUUCAUCUAUGAGAAAAUUAGCAAAAUGUCUGCCCAGUUUCACCUAGUUCCGUCCUCUCCCACUACCAUAUGUGGUGGUGAGAAAGCAACGUUUAUUAAUUAACGGAUGCUUCAACUUUAUAGCCCCCAGUAGCGUGUCUGGGUUACCCCAUCGGGGUUCGUUAUCAUUUUGGUUUAAUUGCAGAAAUCAGUUAAAGAGGGUUUUGAACCCGGUGUAAAUCACAGACGCCUCACAACACGUCCAACGCCUUUACUCGGGCGGAGCUCCAACGGUGCUGUCCAGGUGCUGUGAGACCAGACUCUAUCCCAGAGUUAGGGGAGGAUGCAAUGACGUCAGUGACCGUGUCCCCUUCCAUUCCCACCCUGACAGAGGAGGAGCAGGAGGAGCUACGAGGGGAGCUGCUCAGGGUGGAGGAUGAGAUCUUGACUCUGUCUCAGGUGCUGGCAACUAAGGAGAACCAGUUGGCAGACAUCAAGAGGAAGCUGGGCAUCACUCCUCUCAACGAGCUCAAACAGAACCUCAGCAAGAGCUGGCAAGAGGUCACCACCUCUACAGCCUAUAAGAAGACGUCAGAGGGCCUGUCCGUGGCCAGUCAGAAGACCACAGCUGCCUUGAACAUAAUGGGCUCAGCCAUCAGCAGGAAGUUUGAGGACGUCAGAUUGCAGUCUAUUUCCAGUUCCUUUGGCAUACGCUCCCUACAGCAUUCUGCUAGUAUGCCUGUAAUGAGGAACACACCCACCUUCAAGUCGUUUGAGGAGAAAGUAGAGAAUUUAAAGGUCAAGAUGAGUCCAACGGUGUCUCAGGGUGACUUUGGCGACGUGUUGACCUCUACAGCAACCUCUGACCCGUCUGUUGUCGUGGAGAAACAGCCAGAGGCCACGCCCAUCGCCAUCCAGGAAGAACAUCCCCAGUGAGACCAGCCUGACCUUUCACCCCUGACCCCCAGCCAGAUUGACAUCUGCUGGAACUAUACCCGCUUUACCCUUCUGUUUCCCCCCUCUCUCUCGCUCUCACCUCCUCUCUCCUCUUCCCUUCUGUCUCCCUUCUCUCUCUCACUUCCUCCCUUCUGUUUCCCCUCUCUCCCUCGCUCUCACCUCCUCUCUUCCCUUCUGUCUCCCCUCUCUCUCUCACCUCCUCCCUUCUUCACCUCCUCUCGCUACAAACCCCCACAGCACAACGCAACAGAUCCAGCAACCAAAGAAUACAAAUAAAAUGCUGAAAAUAUUGUUGUGAAAUCGUAACACUUAAGUUUGUAUGACUGUGUGUUUUGUAUUAGAAUGGCUGUGGUUUAGGAACCUGCACAUGUAGAAGACAAUAUAUGUCACACAAAGGAUAGAAUGUGACAUAGCGAGGGAGGAUUUAUUCUGUUUAUUAAUAGCACAGAGCCCUUAUAUUUGCAUGUCUUUUGAGUUGGAACAGGUAUUUUGGAGUGUAUUUUGGAGUGUACCAUUUUAUUCUGAAUCACUGUACUACUUUAAGAUUUGAUUUCUAGAGAACGCGUGGUCCUCUAACACAUGAAGUGAUGGUCUCCGUCUCGUACCAUUUCUUUGGUUAAAGACAUUUGUUACUCUCACCGAUAUCUUCAAACCGUGUCCAUCUCUGUCUGAAUAGCACUAGUAAUGUGGUGUAGAGCACAGCUGAGCAGAGUUAAUCCCAGAUCAGUGUUGCUCACACUCCUCUCAAACCUUAAUCAUAGGGGGGUGGUCUAAAUCUGACCUCCAAGCAGUUCAUAGUGCUCAACUCUGCCAUUCGAGAGGGUGGGCCAAUGCAUUCAGAUCUGUGUGAAAUGGUGGUCACAGCAGUAGAUGCAUGGUGUAGUUAUUAUGGUGUCAGCUGGCCUUACCUCUCCGUUCAGUCCAAUCUAUAUCACUCACUGCCUCACGCAUGGUGGGGCCAAAGUCAAUAUUGGACCACUUGUCUCAUUGGUUUCUGUGAGGGACUUGGCUAUUUUCUCUCUGCUUGGAAUGCUGAAACAGGAUAGUCACUGGAUGCUGUGUACUUCUCUACUGUUGAAUGAUAUUUAAAAAAAAAUUAUACUCUCAAAGUAUAUCCAUAUAAAGUGUGAUAAUACAUUUUUUACAUUAUGUGAGGGGAUGGCUUCUGAUUUAAACAAAUCUGUAACCAAUUUUUUUUUAUUACAAACCACAUUGGUGAUGAUACAUACAGCCUUGGACACUAGUGAAUAUUUGGUGUAAAUACAUGCCUGAUGCAAGUCCUUCCCUACUGGAAGACGACUGGCCACAUCAUGGCAUGGAUUUAUUGAGGAAGUGAAAACUUUUGUGAGAAAAGCCUUGGUUCCACCAUUAAGAAUGAAUUAUGGCUAAUAAAAUCUCUUGUCCUCAUUUAACCCAACUGCUAGGGUAGUAGGCCAGACUGUAGGGCAGUAGACAGGCUGUAGGGCAGUAGUCCAGACUGUAGGGCAGUAGGACAGGCUGUAGGGCAGUAGGACAGGCUGUAGGACAGUAGGACAUGCUGUAGGGUAGUAGGCCAGACUGUAGGGCAGUAGGACAGGCUGUAGGGCAGUAGGACAGGCUGUAGGGCAGUAGGACAGGCUGUAGGGCAGUAGGACAGGCUGUGGGGUAGUAGGACAGGCUGUGGGGUAGUAGGACAGACUGUGGGGCAGUAGGACAGACUGUAGGGCAGUAGGACAGGCUGUAGGACAGGCUGUGGGGUAGUAGGACAGACUGUAGGACAGGCUGUAGGGCAGUAGGACAGACUGUAGGACAGGCUGUAGGGCAGUAGGACAGGCUGUGGGGUAGUAGGACAGACUGUAGGACAUGCUGUAGGGCAGUAGGCCAGACUGUAGGGCAGUAGGACAGGCUGUAGGACAGGCUGUAGGGCAGUAGGACAGGCUGUAGGGCAGUAGGCCAGGUUGUAGGGCAGUAGGACAGGCUAUAGCGUAGAAGGACAUGCAGUAGGACAGGUUGUAGGACAGUAAGGUAGUAGGAAGGCUGUAGGACAGGCUGUCUGGCAGUAGGGCGAAGGCUGUGGGACAAUAGGGCAGUAGGACAGGCUGUAGGACAGUAGGACAGGCUGUAGGGCAGUAGGCCAGGUUGUAGGGCAGUAGGACAGGCUAUAGCGUAGAAGGACAUGCAGUAGGACAGGUUGUAGGGCAGUAAGGUAGUAGGAUAGGCUGUAGGACAGGCUGUCUGGCAGUAGGGCAGUAAGGCUGUGGGACAAUAGGGCAGUAGGACAGGCUGUCUGGCAGUAGGGCAGUAAGGCUGUGGGACAAUAGGGCAGUAGGACAGGCUGUCUGGCAGUAAGGCUGUGGGACAAUAGGGCAGUAGGACAGGCUGUCUGGCAGUAGGGCAGUAAGGCUGUGGGACAAUAGGGCAGUAGGACAGGAAAGUAAGGCGGUUGGACGGUAAGUCAGUAAGGGGGUAGGAGAGUAGUAAAGCAGUAGGAUAUUAGGGCAGUAGUAAAGUAGUAGAGCAGUAAGGCAGUAGUAAAGCUGUAGGGUUGUAUGGCAGUAGGACAAUAAGGCAGUACGACAGUACAUGCUGUUCACUUGUGUGUUUAAUCAUAACUUUUUUCACAGAUAUAUCUCUCAGGAAAGGGGGUUUCCCACCUCGUUGUGGCCACAAAUAGUUUCUGUCAGAUGAUCUGUAUGAUAAAAAAGUAUUUGGUAGAGCCUGCCAGAUAGGCCUUCAACAGCCCCCUGAUAGAGACUGCCAGAUAGGCCUUCAACAGCCCCCUGGUAGAGACUGCCAGAUAGGCCUUCAACAGCCCCCUGGUAGAGACUGCCAGAUAGGCCUUCAACAGCCCCCUGGUAGAGACUGCCAGAUAGGCCUUCAACAGACCCCUGAUAGAGACUGCCAGAUAGGCCUUCAACAGCCCCCUGGUAGAGACUGCCAGAUAGGACUUCAACAGCCCCCUGGUAGAGACUGCCAGAUAGGACUUCAACAGCCCCCUGGUAGAGACUGCCAGAUAGGCCUUCAACAGCCCCCUGGUAGAGACUGCCAGAUAGGCCUUCAACAGCCCCCUGGUAGAGACUGCCAGAUAGGCCUUCAACAGCCCCCUGAUAGAGACUGCCAGAUAGGCCUUCAACAGCCCCCUGGUAGAGACUGCCAGAUAGGCCUUCAACAGACCCCUGAUAGAGACUGCCAGAUAGGACUUCAACAGCCCCCUGGUAGAGACUGCCAGAUAGGCCUUCAACAGACCCCUGGUAGAGACUGCCAGAUAGGCCUUCAACAGCCCCCUGGUAGAGACUGCCAGAUAGGACUUCAACAGCCCCCUGAGAGACUGCCAGAUAGGCCUUCAACAGCCCCCUGAUAGAGACUGCCAGAUAGGCCUUCAACAGCCCCCUGAUAGAGACUGCCAGAUAGGCCUUCAACAGCCCCCUGGUAGAGACUGCCAGAUAGGCCUUCAACAGCCCCCUGGUAGAGAUUGCCAGAUAGGCCUUCAACAGCCCCCUGAUAGAGACUGCCAGAUAGGACUUCAACAGCCCCCUGGUAGAGACUGCCAGAUAGGCCUUCAACAGCCCCCUGAUAGAGACUGCCAGAUAGGCCUUCAACAGCCCCCUGAUCUGGUCUGUAACUGGAAUGCUGACGUCCCUUAUUUUCUCAUUAGGAAGGUUGUGAGAGAUGCUGAAGGAGACACACAAAGACAGGGCAAUGUUCAACUAAACUCUUGUAAAGAGAACACACAUUGGGGAUUUUUUUGUUGUAAAUGUUGUUUCUCCCUUUUAGGAGGCAUGAGAGGAGAAUUCAUUUCUCAUCCAUUUUUUUUCUUCUUCACCUUUUAUCUGUACCAAAGCAUGAUCACGAGGAAUCCUUAGAUCCACUCUGGUGUCACACUGUCAGAGACAAUAGUAAUGCCACUGUUUCAUAAAGGAUAUUUGGAGGGCAGGACAGGCUUCAGGAGGUGGAUAAGAAGCUCAGACGUUGUCAGGAGGACAUGUGUGCCAAUGGCCACAUAGAUAUACAGUACUAUAGAUAUAUGAAUAAUAGAUAUCUCCUUUCCUUGGUUCAUUUUGAAACAUACAUUUUUUUUUGUAAUGUCUGUAGAAGUUUAAAGAUGCCUAUGAUACUGAGGACUAACAUGACUAAUAGUGAAUAGAGCAGGGUAACACCUGCCAGUAUAGUUCAGAAGUUGUAGAUGAUACAGUACAUUCAAUAUUUUUUGGAGCGGCUGUUGUUUCAUUUUGGAGCUACACUCUUUGUCUGGGGUUACUGAACCUGCAUGGGAUUCUAGAACCUUCUAGAACCAACUUGAUUCGUGGGAGUUCUGUUCUGAAACUUCAGAGUCUACACUGGGCACUUGACACCACUCAGUGUGUUGCUAAAUGUGGCAAAUCUUAAAUAUGGCUGCCUUGAGGAAUGUGGGACAUUACCAUUAACAAAGCAGCCUGCCCUUGAUUUGAGUCUUAAUGGUUAAUUGGAUUUGUGAUAACAUUUCAGUCUGGCCUGGUUAUAUUUAGGAAAGCAUUUACACUGUUAAUCUAUGAGAACGUUUGAACUGCUUUUGUUUUGUAAAGUGCCAUAUUUACUGAAUUUAUUACAUGUGUUGACUGUAGAGCUGGAUACAAGGUUGACUCAGCAAAAUGACAUUUCCAGCAGCAGCACCACAGAUAUUAAUCUGAGUGAGAUGCAACACCUCUCUCACACAGUCACGCUGUAUCUGUGCAUGUGCACGGGUUGGCUUCACGCUGUUACAGCAUGGUAGGUACGGGAUCACAACAGAGGGGGAAGUUGAUCCUCGCGGCUUCAACACUUUUUUAGUUGUUGAGGAAAUUGACCCACAAUGCCAUUUACUUUCUGCGCUCUACUAGUCAACCUAUACAUUUUCACGCCUAUAUUUUAUCAUUCAAGCUCAGGUGCUUCUGAAUGCAUUGUGUAUGUUUGCAGAACACGGUCAAUAUUAUGGGUUGAGUGAGGGUCACUUAGAUGAAUGUGUAUAUGAUGAGUCAUGAACGUGUAUCUUCAUGGUGGCUUUUUACAGAGCGUGAGUUGAAUAAUUGUGCACUUCACUUGUUUUGGGUUAGCUAUAGUAAUAAAACGGCCACACUUCACUCUAGUGGGUUGACGAUGAUGGUGAUGCUUUGUCUGCACAAAUUGCUUAUCUACUUUAUUUGUAUGUCUGCUGCCAAAUAAAACAUAACAAAUGACA